AUGUUCAUCUCGGGGAACACAUCGGCGGCCCUGCUGGACCCCGGGCGGCCUCCACGGUCACAGCGGCCAGACAAGGACACGAGCUUCAGGGCGAUGCGCCGUUCCUCCCUGGACUCCGGCGUCCCCACCAUCCCCGAAGACAGGAAGCUUUAUGUGGUGGAUUCCAUAAACGACCUGCACAGACUCAACUUCUGCCCCUCGGGAUCCCAGCACCUGCUCCCCCUAGAGGAGAAAGCCGCGGAUGCCGGCGCGGGCGCGGGAAGCGGAAGCUCGGGUCUGCUCCUCCUGGGGCUGCUGGUCGUGCUGGUCCUCAGCCUGGCGCUGGUCUCCUUGGUGAUAUUUCUCGUGAUUCAGACUGGAAACAAGAUGGACAACGUGUCGAGAAGACUGGCGGCUGAAGGGAAGGACAUAGACGACCUCAAGAAACUCAACAGCAUGAUCGUGAAGCGACUCAACCAGCUGGAGUCGGAACAGAACUAG